AUGGGUAUGCUCGUAGACAGUAAGGAAGCAGCUAGCAGACAGGGAGUGAUUGAAAUUAAUGAGAAAGAAGCUGGUUGGGAUGAGCCACCAUCCUUGUCUUGCAACCAUUCUGAGAGAGUCCUGGAAUCAGUUCCAAAGAAGAAUCCUGCAGGUCCCUCUGGCUGGGGCUGCCUCCCUCCAGGGGCCAAGUGGAAAUCCACCCUGGAUCGACAAGGAGGUCUCCCUCUUUCGCUUAAUUUUUGGAGCAGCUGUAUCAAAUAUUUAAUCUUUCUCCUCAACUUCCUUUUCUCUCUUCUUGGUUUACUGACGUUAGUAAUUGGACUGUGGGGGCUGGAAGACAAGAAGUCACUGGGGAGUGAGCAGCUGCCACACCUGGGGACUGACCCAAUGCUGCUGUUUGUGGUGGUGGGGCUGGCAGUCAGCGCUGUAUUCCUGGCAGGCUGUGUGGGUGCCCUCUGUGAGAACAUCUGCCUUCUUUGGUUCUUUGCUGGGGGAAUCUUCACUUUCUUAAUCCUAGAGACAUUGGUGGGAAUCCUAGUAUAUGCUUUAUGGGAUCAGUUCCAGGAUGUAUUGGACAGCGCCAUGCUCCUGGCCAUUAGUAGAUACCAAGAUGACUCAGACCUGCGUUUUCUCUUGAAUGAAAUCCAGUUGGGCCUGCAGUGCUGUGGUGUAGUGUCCUAUCAGGACUGGAAAUCAAAUUUAUACUUUAACUGCAGUUCCCCAGGUGUCCAGGCCUGUGGUCUUCCUGCCUCUUGCUGUAUCAACCCCUGGGAAAAUGGAACCAUCAUCAACUCUCAGUGUGGCUUUGGUGCCCUUCGCUUGGAUGAAGCUACAGCUCAAAACAUGGUUCACUUUGGGGGAUGCAGCCCCAGACUAAGGCAGUGGAUGGACCAGAACAGUUGGGCCAUCAGGGACUAUACUUUAGUUACAAUAGUAAUAGAAGGAUUGGAAUUUUUGUUAGUCACCAAGCUAGUGAGGGACAUUAAAGCCAGGAAAAUAAGUGACUGAGAAUAGCAGGAGGGCUGACUAGUCCUCAGGGUCGUCCCUGUUAGCCCUGGUCUGCUUUGGAGUGAGUCCCAAAGUAACAGGUGCCUCCAGAGGGCAUGGACAGUCAGAAUUAGGGAUCAAUGUUGGGUGAUUGAUGCCUACUACAGAACUAUUAUAAUUCCUCUUACUUUCCUCUCCCAGACCAGGUCUUUAAAAUGGAAGUUGCCGAAGUCAAUUCUUUUUUUUUCCAUUAUUAUAACAAACAUGAAUAUUUCAAUAUACUAAGAAAAAGGGGAUCAUAUAUGAAAUUGUGAGUUUCUAUUAUGUAGUUUGUUUGUUUUUUUAAUGUAUAAUAAAUUUAACACAACAGUAAGAAAACUUCCCUGCUUUUUUGUGUUCCCUCUGGAACAUCCUUAUGUUCUCUUCUAUAUUUUUUAAUGAUCCAUUUAUAUUUUCUUUUCUUUUUGUUUUCUACACCAUUGUUAUACACCUGCCCCAAGAUCACUUGUAGCAAAGAAGUGAUGAUAAUAAUAGCUAGCAUUUGUGUCCAUUUUUGAAGGGAUGAUAUCUUGA